ACAUCACCACCGCGUUUUUGCAUUGAUGUCAAUUUAAACCGCUAUUCUUUCUCUCUCUAAAACUCUCCUCUUUGUAAUCGCUCGUUACUUAUCUGUCUUUUCCCCAAAUUCUCCAUCAUCAACAAGCCCUAAAUCAACAACCCAACACAGGGAUACGUGCCGCCACCUGGAUACUUUAUACGUUUGGUGAAACUAAGGGCUCAAGACGAUUUAACUUUGACGAAGAGCGAUAGGAUGCGGAGGUGGUUGUGUUGCACUUGUCAAGUCGAAGAAUCUUACCCUUCGAACGACAAUGGCGUGGUAAAAAGCCACAAUGAUCAUGUUGAUGGACAGCAAAAGGACAGAUCACAACCGAAAGAAAAAUUCGAUGCGCAAAAAGAAGUACCAACAAUCGAAGUGCCUGCACUUUCGCUCGAUGAACUGAAAGAAAAAACCGAGAAUUUUGGAUCAAAGGCGUUGAUUGGUGAAGGUUCAUACGGAAGGGUUUAUUUUGCAGAAUUAAAUAAUGGUAAAAGUGUGGCUGUGAAAAAGCUUGAUGUCUCUACCGAGGCUGAAUCCAAUAACGAGUUUUUGAGUCAGGUUUCAAUGGUCUCAAAACUGAAGCACGAAAACUUUGUCGAGCUGUGCGGUUAUUGUGUGGAAGGUAACACACGUGUUUUGGCUUAUGAAUUUGCAACAAUGGGAUCUCUACAUGACAUAUUACACGGAAGAAAGGGUGUGCAAGGAGCACAACCGGGGCCUGUGUUAGAUUGGAUGCAAAGAGUACGGAUUGCCGUCGAUGCGGCAAAGGGACUUGAUUAUUUGCAUGAAAAGGUCCAACCUUCGAUAAUUCAUAGGGAUAUUAGGUCUAGCAACGUGCUAUUAUUUGAGGAUCUUAGAGCCAAGAUUGCCGAUUUUAAUAUUUCAAAUCAAGCUCCCGAUAUGGCUGCUCGUUUGCAUUCUACUCGUGUUUUGGGCACUUUUGGCUAUCAUGCACCGGAAUAUGCAAUGACGGGACAGCUGACGCAAAAAAGUGACGUGUAUAGCUUUGGGGUAGUUUUGCUUGAGCUUUUAACUGGUCGGAAACCCGUUGAUCACACAAUGCCACGUGGACAACAAAGCCUUGUCACUUGGGCGACACCUAGGCUAAGCGAAGACAAGGUUAAACAAUGUGUUGAUCCGAGGCUCAAGGGAGAGUACCCUCCGAAAGCAGUCGCAAAGCUGGCGGCUGUGGCGGCCUUAUGCGUGCAAUAUGAGUCUGAGUUUAGGCCUAAUAUGAGCAUUGUCGUGAAAGCUCUUCAACCGCUGUUGAGGGCUCCUGCACCAGCCGCGCCAGAAGUAUAAUGUAAAAAGCAUGAAGAAAAAUAAGCGAACUUGUUGUGACCGUUGAUCUCCUCUGCAGCUUUAUGAUCGUGACCGUAGAUUCUAGUUUUAUCCAGGCAUAUAUAUGUUUUUGUUUGAGAAUAUGGAUGGGUGCCUAUGUUCAAAGUGGUCUGUAUUAUAUAUCUUUGGUUUGUCAAGAUUUGUUUAAUAAUUUAAACCUGCUUAUUGUCUACACAUUUGUUUUCUUUCUAUUUCUAUUUGCUUAGAAAAUACCAACUUUGUUUAAUGA